AUUCAAUAUACGAUAUGAUGACAGCUGAAAGCACGCUUACAAGACAAAGCACACAAUAUGCGAAGUAAAAUAGAACUAGCUCUCCUCUCUCUCCCUCUCUCCCUCUCUCUCUCUCUCCUUCCCCACCAUUGAGGCAUUGAAGGUAUUAAAUCGCUAUCACAACGCGAUUACAUCAUACAUAAUCAUAUAUAUUGGGAGAAAUUGGGGGAUGGGAGUGAGACAGUACAAAGGAAGAAGAUAAGUGGACUGAGCAAGAGAAAGAGAGGAAGUCCUUCUUUGCAGCUUUUAUCUCUCUUUUUAUCUCACUAAUUCAUUACCAACCAUGAUGAAUUUUGGCUCGCACUCAAUUGGGGAGGAGGAUGAGUAUAAGAAACUUGUGAUUCGAAUGAACCCUCCAAGGGUUACAGUGGAUAACAACACCAGCAAGAAGGCCACCUUGGUCAAGGUAGACAGUGCUAAUAGGCAUGGGAGCUUACUGGAAGUGGUGCAGGUCUUGAUUGAUUUGAACCUAACAAUCAAAAGGGCUUAUAUUUCCUCUGAUGGGGAAUGGUUCAUGGAUGUUUUUCAUGUUGUGGACCAAGAAGGGAACAAGAUCUAUGAAAGUGAAGUUAUUGAACGAAUUCAGCAGUCACUUGGACCAAGAGCAUUUAGCUUCCGUUCAGUGAGACAGUCAGUAGACACUCAAGCUGCUUCCAAAAGCACUUCCGUUGAACUUGUAGGUAGAGAUCGGCCAGGGCUUCUCUCAGAGAUUUUUGCAGUGCUCACUGACCUCAAAUGCAACAUUGUAGCUGCUGAGGUUUGGACCCAUAAUUCUCGGAUGGCGUCGGUCAUUUACAUCACCGAGGAGGCUAACGGUGGACCGGUAGACGAUUUUGAUCGGUUGGCCAAGAUCAAGCAUCUUCUUUGUUAUGUCUUGAAAGGAGAUAGGGAGAAGCAAAGUGCUAAGACUAAUAUCUCUGUGGGAGUGACUCACACAGAGCGAAGAUUACACCAGAUGAUGUAUGAUGACCAUGACUUUGAUAGGGAAGGUUGUGUUGAUGAGAAAGAGGAAAAAGGAGACAAGAUUAAGCUGGUUAUUUCAGUAGAAAACUGCACAGAGAGAGGAUACACAGUGGUUUACAUAAGAAGCAAGGAUCGGCCGAAGCUGAUUUUCGACACAGUUUUCACCAUGACGGAUAUGCUCUAUGUAGUGUUCCAUGCCACCAUCAUCUCCGAAGGGCCAGAAGCUUAUCAGGAGUACUACAUCAGACGUAGAGAUGGAUUCCCAGUUAGCUCUGAAGGAGAGAAGCAGAGACUAAUCCAUUGCUUGGAAGCUGCAAUCAGAAGGCGAAGCACAGAGGGGAUAAGGCUCGAGCUCUGCAGCAAAGAUCGGGUUGGACUCCUAUCUGAAGUAACCCGAAUCUUUAGAGAAAAUGGGCUUUCAGUCAUUCGCGCAGAGGUCUCAACAAGGGGCUCUCAAGCCUUGAAUGUCUUCUAUGUGACAGAUGCUUCAGGAAGUCCAGUUCAGAGCCAAACAAUAGAAGCUGUGAGGAAUGAGAUAGGAAAAACUGUUCUUUGCGUUAAGGACGACAUUUAUUCAAAGGCUUCAUCGCAUGAAAGUGGAAAGUUUUCUCUCUGUAACCUCUUCAGGUCUCAGUCUGAAAGGUUCCUUCACAACCUUGGAUUUAUGAGGUCUUGCUCUUGAUAAUUUGGAUCAGAAUUCUGUUGUUUCUUUGCAAAUACCGCCAAGUUACAGUGAUGGGAUCUGUUAAUACAAAGUUUUCAUUCUCUCUUAAUCUGAAACGCUCUCAUUUUGUCAUGUCUUUUUCUUUAUUAAUACAAAGUUGUUUAUUUAUUAAUCAUAUCCAAAAAAAAUGGACUAAGCAUUAUUGUCA